CUGUUGCGUCGUGUCCCGAUCGGAGCAGCAGCUUCAGCCAGCUUUGCCGCUCGCCCCCGCCGCCAUGGCUGUUUAGGGGCGGCAGGGCCAGCAGCGGCAUCGGCCAGUGCAGCGGGCGCAGCACCAGCGGCGGCUGCCCCGGCACCUCCCCGGCGUCUGCGACCAUGGCGUUUCUCAAGGUACCUCGCAGCAGCAUUGCUGUAGUUCACAAAGACAUCCUCUACUUGACCACACCUUUUGACAUCAAAACAUUAAAAUCUGACCAAGAUGAGCGUCUUGAACAACGAGAUGAUGUUGGGGGAUUUAUUACCCCCCUUCAGCCAGUCGUGCUUGGUGGCUGAGGAAAGUCUAGAAUUCCCAGAUGACUACCUGGAGGUGGCCGAGCCCCUCAGUUCGCAUGGGUUCUCCAGCGACAAGGCUAAGGCAGUCUCCUUCGAUUGGCUGGCUGUGGACAGCUUAGGCAGUGCCACAGAUAACAGCCAGGAGGAUGCCUUCUCGGGCAUGGAGUGGAUGGUGGAGAAGAUGGAUCUGAAGGAAUUUGACUUUGAUGCGUUGUUAGGUAUUGAUGACAUGGAAGCCACCGUCUCACCAGAUGAGCUCAUGGCCACGUUGGAAGACACGUGUGAUCUAUUUGACCCUCCCACCCAAGAAAUCCACAGCAAAGAGCCUCCACUGAUAUCUGACCCAAUCACUCAUCUCCCUGAAUCUCCAAAUGCAAAAGAUCAGGUGGCCCCAUUCACUCCCCUUCCACUCCCUCUUUCCCCAGGGACUCUGACAUCCACUCCAGACCAUUCCUUUAGUUUAGAGCUAGGCAGUGAAGUAGAUGUCCUGGAAGGAGAUGGAAAACCAGAAACCCCUACCACCAAGGUGGUCCCCAAGUGUGAAAAAGAGGAGGAAUCCCCCUCUGAUAAUGAUAGUGGGAUAUGCAUGAGCCCAGAAUCCUAUCCAGGAACACCCCAACAUAGCCCCACCAUGUCUGAGUCUCCUAAUAACAGCCAGUUUCCCACAGUCCCUGUCUGUCAAUCUGUGUGGUCCAAACCAUAUGAUCAUCCUGUAGAAAAAGUACUAUCAGCUAAGGUGAAAGGAGAAAAGAAAAUGGAUAAGAAAUUGAAGAAGAUGGAGCAGAAUAAGACAGCUGCCACACGUUACCGGCAGAAGAAAAGGGCUGAACAGGAAGCCCUAUCUGGGGAGUGCAGAGAGCUGGAGCAGAAGAAUCAGACACUAAAAGAGAGAGCAGAUUCUCUGAGCAAAGAAAUCCAGUACUUGAAAGAUUUGAUUGAAGAGGUCCGCAAAGCCAAGGGCAAAAGAGCUAGAGUCCCAGAGUAGGGUAGAGUAGAAGUUUUAUGUGCCUGUAUAUAAGCAUGGUGUUAAUGCUGCGUAUUGCUGCCUAAUAAAUUAUUUUGUAGUAA